UUUUGAGUCUUUCUCGCAUUUGGCAUUUCAUAAAACAAGAGAGGGAAGGAGGAAGUUAGGGAGAAAGCAGAAAACCAGUCCCGGGAGUGUCAUUGCCAUGGAUGAUAAUCAGAGUGAGCUUAUCAUGGAGUUAAGGUCGAAGUUGUCUUCUUUUGAGCAAAAAGUAAAGGAGCUCGAAUCAGAGAACGCGAGAUUAGCAUCUCUUGUUUUAAGCUGCAGCUGCCACAAGGUCGAGGAAAAUUUUAAUACUAAUUUUACAGACAGCAAUACUUUUUCUGAUAAAUUGGAAAAGUUGAAGCUAGGAAACUGUGUCGGGAAUGGAAAAAGGAAGCCAAGGAAGAGACUGUCAGGUUAUAACUUGAACUCCAUGAAUCAUCACUCGCAAAGAUUUGUGGCACUCAAAAUUAUGUAUUUUGGUCAGAGGUUCUAUGGUUUUGCAUCAGAAGCGCAGAUGGAUCCAACUAUUGAGUCCGAAUUAUUCAAAGCCCUUGAAAAGACAAGACUUGUACUUAGUGACAAGAAGGAUUUGCAGUAUUCAAGAUGCGGUAGAACAGACAAGGGUGUUUCCUCUGUGGGGCAAGUUGUUUCGUUACUAUUGAGGUCAAAACGUAAGGAACAUGGAGGCAAUACGUAUGAGGAACUUGUAGACAAGGAGGGAGAGCUGGAUUAUGUAAGAAUACUGAACGGAGUUCUUCCUGAUGAUAUUCGAGUGAUAGGCUGGUCUCCUGCUCCGGUUAAUUUUAGUGCAAGGUUUAGUUGUCUGAGUAGGGAAUACAUAUACUUUUUCUGGAGAGAACAUUUGAACAUAUUGGCAAUGCAGAGUUCAUGUAAAAGGCUUAUUGGCGAACAUGAUUUUAGAAAUUUUUGUAAGAUGGAUGCGGCGAACGUGCAUAAUUACAAACGACGCAUAACAUCAUUUGAUAUAUGUCCUUGCAAUGGAAGUGACGAGCUCAUGUUAUUGAAAGUCAAAGGCAGUGCUUUCUUGUGGCACCAGGUUCGGUGCAUGGUUGCUGUGUUAUUCUUGAUUGGCCAAGGUCUCGAAUCACCUGAUGUUAUAGAUGCUUUGCUUGACGUUGAGAAGACGCCUAGGAAACCUCAGUACAAAAUGGCUCCAGAGAUACCACUAGUUCUUCAAUCUUGUGAAUUUGAAGGUCUCAAAUUUAUCUGCUCCUCAGAUGCCAGACGAGCUUUGCAGUUGCAUUUAGAGAAGGAAAGCCAAACAUACAAACUUCAAGCUGCGAUUUUCCAUGAGGCUCUAACAAGUCUUUCAAGCACCGAAGAUGAUGCUGGUGCAACAAGUAACAAGAUCAAAAAGAAAUUUUCGUCUCAUGUUCCUCUUAUGUCGCGUCCUACUGAACCAUCUUACGACGAGCGACGUGCUAAAUUAACUUCUUCAGCAGCAGCACAACACAAAUCUGUUGUGGCCAAGAAGAUAUGAACACUAGAUGAAGCUGUGGAAUCUUCUCUGUUUUUUUUCCUUUUUGUGUUCCCAUCCCAUGUACCAUUUACUAUUCCUUUUGGAUUUUUAUUUUUGUAACUUAGUCUUGAUCUAAUGUAGUGUACUUGUUAAAAGUUGGUCUGUGUGUUUUUCACACACCUUUGGUACUAAAGAUGCCCAAAUUCCGGGUCUUCCAAGCCCGUUUUCAUUGAGCAAAAAAAGAGGCACGGGCUUUUCUUGAGCCGAACCAGGAUUUGGAGGUAUAGUAUAAAGGGCCUGAUCACGUUUUUUAAGGCAGAGUUUUCAAGAUUGGGCCUAGGUGCGGGACUGAACGGGUUUUGAGACCUGGCUUUGAGCUUGGGCUUUCUUGUGCAUCUCUAAUUGGUGCUACCGGCAAAAACAGUAGAUCAAAGAUGGUAUUUACAUAGCUUAGUAAUACGUAACACUUGUGAGUUUUGGGAUUUGAAACAGGUUCUAGAUCGAUGUCACGAGACCAAUUGGC